CUGUGGAUCUACUUGUCCCUCUUUCAAGAAUUCAUGAAUUCUCUGCGGACUGCUGUGCGUCAGUUCUCUACAAUGGCUUUAACAACCACCACAUGCUCGCCUUUCACACAGGCUAUUGUGAGCUCAAUGCGAAGGCUCUAUCCCGAAGCAUUGGCAGACAAGAGCUUCGACAAUACCGGUUUGCUCCUUGAAGCCCCCUUCGAGCCAACCCGCCGACAGAAGAACUCGGUGCUUCUAGCCAUUGAUCUUACUACAGCUGUUGCGGACGAGGCCAUCAAGCGCCAAGAUUCUGCUGUUGUUGCCUAUCACCCUAUUAUUUUCCGUGGACUCAAGUCCAUCACUCUUGAUGACACCCAGCAGCGGUCUCUCCUCCGUCUGGCUCAGCAUGGUAUCAGUGUCUACUCACCACACACGGCAGUUGAUACCGUUCCUGGGGGAAUGGCCGACUGGCUGUGCGAUGUCGUGACCGGCAGUCAUCAGUCAUCCACAGCCGAGCUGAAGCCUUCUAUCAAAGAAUGCUCAUCGAAACUAUACUCCGCACCUACCUACCCGCAGCCCCAGUCCAUUCCAACUACGGGUUCAUCAAGCACCUCUCAGCAACUGCCUCACACCCGAUCCACCAUUCACCCAUCACCCCCAGCUUCCAUCCCGGAAGGCUUUGAGUCUGCCGGCGCCGGCCGUCUAGUCACGUUUAACGAGGCCCAGCCUCUCACCACCUUGAUCGACCACAUCGGCCGUGGCGUCGGCCUGCAAGCAGGCAUUCCCAUUGCCAUCCCACAAGGGCGGUCUAUCGACGAUAUCCGGAUUCGCACCGUUGGCAUGUGCCCUGGCUCUGGUUCCGGUGUUCUUCUCCGCGGAAGUGAUAUCCCCGACCUUCUUUUCACUGGCGAGAUGAGCCAUCACGAAGCUCUUGCUGCCACCGAGCGUGGAUCAGUGGUUAUCUCUCUUUCUCACUCCAACUCUGAGCGUGGGUAUAUCCGCGCGGUUAUGCAGCGCAAAUUGCAGGAUGAGUUGUCGCAGUGCUGGGAAAGUGAUCGGCAAGCGGCUCUUCAGGCAAUCAAGGACACUGCGAAACAGGGUGGAGCUACUCCUUCAGCGGUGGGCGAGGAGGUUUACGAGGAUGCUAGCGUGGAGGUAUCUGUCAGUGACGCUGAUCGUGACCCCUAUGGAAUCAUGAUCUGGCGAUCUUGAUAUGAUAUAGUCGAUUGAGACAUGAUCUAGUCUAUCAAAAUAUUAAAGGCGAUUGUGCUGAUUGUUGGAGAUUGUGUACCAAGUGCAUGUUAUCCGGCACCUAGACUCCCCGAGAUAAACUGGCAGCUUAGGCAGUUGCAGCGCUAUAUACUUCCGCUCUUCUAGCACUCGUCAAAAGAGCGAGACUCAAAACAAAGACAAAUAUAUUGACACUGCUGAGUGAUAUAAAGACUGAAAAUUGCGAGAAUCAAUAGACUGCCAGUCAUCGAAACGAUCUUAAAUCUGUAGAUAUCUUCUUCCAGGUAUCGCUAUGGAAGUAAUGUUGGGUUUUAUCACCUGGUAUUGGUUUAUAGUCUCUUCUGUCUCCAUUCAAAUCAUGUAAUUUUUCGCAAGACGACCCAUAGAAAUCUGUGAACCUGGCUUUAGAACACCAAUAGAGCCGUCAAAAUCCCCCGUAGCCCCGGGGUUGGUCUGCCUGUUCACAAUUCAAGGUCCGUGAGCACCGCCCGGAUUUCCUGUUUGGAGCGAUUCAAGAGCUCCCGAGUAGUUUCAAAUGCUACCGAUCUCUUGAUCAGGCCGAGUAUGUAUGUCUUCGUGUUCCUCAACAGAGUGCUUGUGAGAAACGCAACGAUUGGAAUGCUUGAAAGCCAGUAUUUUUACAUUCAUGUCGCCUGUUCAAUUGACAAUUUCCAAUCUUCAAAGGCCUUUCCACAGUCCUCCAGCACAUCCAAGCCAAGAGUUUGGCUCUGCCGGAAUGAAGAGAGCCACGUCCAAUCGUUUUUCCAAGUCACCCCGGCGUAUCCUAGUACGAAAUCUCGAAUCUUUUGUAAAAUUCCAUCAUGCAUAUGAAAGAGCUGUCGGUUCUUGAUGGCCCCUUGAACAUUUCGCGUUGUGCGUUCUUUACGGUUCUUUUCAUAAAGAGCCAACACCUGGGCAGUGAGUUCCUGGGUCGCAGAUCUCGUUGAUAAAAAUCGCUCAUCAGAGCUGCUUGACUUAAAAAUUUGAGUUUGCAAGGAGCCAAGAAGCUUGCCAAUGAC